AAAAAUGAUAAAAACAAAAAUCGCAUACUUACACACGUUAAUCUCUUGAUGUUGAAAUAAAAAAAUGUCUUUCAGCUUUAGAAUUAAAAACAUGUACAUUAAAGACAUGUACAGAGCAUUCGUGUAAGCACCUCCGAUAAUCUGUGACAAGGUCAUGCUCUCCUCCAAAUUUGAUUAACAGAUUCCCCGAAUUUUAAUUUUCAACUAAUUGUUGAUACUCUAUUUCGCAUAUAAAAUUUAAUUAGGCCAUUAUUAGUGAUAAUAAAUAAAUAUGAAUUACAUAGAAUACAAUAUAUUCUUAAUUUACUAUCAGUAGUUACACUGGAUUUUGCAGAAGCGAGUUUACUUGUUUGCUGCCAGAAUUCGGUCUCAACAGUUUGUUUUGUCACACAAAACCGAGUAGUAAGAUCCUAGCUGUGCUGAAACUUUACGUUCAUUCAGUUAGAUAAUUCAAAUUAUUAUUAUUUUUCUGUGUAAUUUUCGAACUAUAAAAAGUACCUGAUAUGCAUUGUAAAGUCGCUCUAAUUUGUUUGCUGAGUAUAACAGCGAUUAAUGCACAUGUAAUACCUCGUUUUAAUCAUUCAACCUACCACUCAGAAGCCGAACGAGAACUACAGUUACCGUCAAGCAUCGAGAAACCUUUACGUCAUUUGCUGCACUCCUUCAAAGAUUACGGCAAACCAAAGUUAUUAUCAAAUGGAAGCUUAGGAAGCGAACAACCUGACUGGCUGAACCGCAACGAAAGCUCAGUCGCUGAUAAUGUUACAAAUGUACAGCAAACUAUUAACGAUUGCAUGAACAAACUGAAGGGUUUUGCUGCGACUUUAGCACUACAAAACAAGGCUAAAAAUAGAGUUGUGCGCAGUACUAUCGCGCUUAAUCUUGGUAAAGUUGAAAACGACUCCACAGACGGCGAGAGCACUGUGAAUAAAGAAAAAUUGAAAAAUCUGCUCUCAAGCAUCUUUGAUGAGGAUUCCACAGAUGGCGAGAGUACUGCGAAUAAAGAAAAAUUGGGAAAUCUUCUUUCGAGCAUCGUUGAUGAAGAUUCCACAAAUGGCGAGAGUACUGCGAUUAAAGAAAAAUUGAUGAACAUUCUAUUAAGCGUCUUUAAAAAAGAUUCCACAGAUAGCGAGAGCACUGCGAACAAAGAAAAAUUGAAAAAUCUGCUCUCAAGCAUCCGUGAAGAAGAUACCACAGAUAGCGGUAGCACUGGAGAUGAAGAUGGGGAUGAGGAAUACAUGAGAAAAUUUAUUUCAAGCAUCUUUGAAGAUGAAAUCACAAACUAUCUUCCAAACAUCAUUCACGAAGAAUUAGAAUCGCAACUUCCGAGCAUUCUUGAAGAAUCAGUUUUAAAUAUUCUUUCAAACAUCUUUGACGAAAAUUCCACAGAUACUGACAGUGAUGAGGAGGAAACAACAUGGACAGAUGUUAUUAAAUGGAUUUUGGCCAUUUUCUAUAUCGUAACGAAUGCAUAAUAAAAUUCUGGAAAACAAAAAAGUACCGUGUUGAUUUCUUUUAAAUUUCAUCGAAUUCUUUG